AUGCGCUCUCUCCGCGUCCUCUGCACCUACACUCUCGUCCUCCUCUUCCUGGCAAUCGCCCUGUAUGAACUCCUCAAGAAUCACGGGCCCACCUCCUCCAUCUCCGCAGGGACAGUGUCCGGGAAAGAACGUGACGUCAAGGCUCUUUUUUCCUUCACAGCCCCGGUCUCGCUGUUUCCCCCUUCGGCUAUAAUAAGCCUUACCGAUGACAACUCCACUUUCUUCCUCGCUCGGCCGGCCGCCUUUGGGCCUGAUCUUCCGGAAAAGGGCCUGAGUGGACCUCUAUGGGCUGGGGGAGGGUUCACCGAAGAUGCCAUGGAAACUGUUGAGCUUGGUUGUAACGAUGUGCCUGGCUGGGAACAAGAACAACAUCUUCUGGCAUUGUCGGGGAAAGGAAAGCAAAGAACCAAUGAGACGAUGGGAACACCGUCUACGUCUUUGGUCAGGAGGCACCCACAGUCUGGAAUCGCUGGAAACAUAGCAGACAACAGCGACGGGACAGGCAAUCACCUUCUACCGAGCAAUCGUACGGGGCAGCUCGUCGAUCAUGCCGAGCUACGGCCAGUGGAACAAAACGUUACUGUUGUUGGCCGAGUUGCCCUCCUGAAGCGAGGCGGCUGCGCUUUUAUUGAAAAAGUUCUAUGGGCACAGAGACGGGGCGCUCUUGCGGUGAUAAUCGGCGACAAUGUGCGUGGCGGCCCCUUGGUACGCAUGUUCGCGAAGGGAGACGCUGCAUCAAACGUCAGCAUCCCAGCGCUUUUCACUUCGCACACAACGGCCCAUCUGCUCUCGUCUCUACUACCCUCAGGAGAGCUCUCCUCAUUGCCAUCACCCCAAGAUGCAGCUCCGAUGAAGCGCAUAAAAGGGGAAAUCCGCGCAAAGCGUAUCUCCAAGGCCGUUAAAGACGAGGAAACUCAGGAUGAGAGCGACUCUGCCCUGGCUCAAGAAUCAGUGGUAUCCACUCAGGCCCCAAAAUCGAGCCAGGAGACCGAGGGCCAGAGAAACGUGGACGCUCACCCGCCCAAGAAGUCGAAGGAGCAUGAAGGACUUUGGGUAACCCUUUCGCCAGCUGGGAUGGAAGGCAGCCCUUUCUUGGAGACCCUGCUUGUCCUUGUCGUUAGUCCGUUAGUCACGUUGACCGUAGUGUAUGCGCUCCUUAUCCUCCGCUCCCGUAUUCGCCGCAGAAGGUGGAGGGCUCCCAAAUCAGUAGUAGAUCGCCUCCCUGUCAGGACUUACCAUACCAUCAGCGACUCCGAUUCGACGGCUUCGGCUACACCAGCCACUAGCUCACCCACGGCUCCCCUUCUUCUACACAACGCUCCAGAGUUCACUCCCCAUCCUCCGUCGCGGUCACGGACAGCUUCUGAACCUCCAGCAGCAUCAUCCUCUUGUCGAAGAGCCACUGUUGCUACGGAGGAGGAGAAGCGCGAAGCCAGACUGGCCGAAUGGCGUCGCCGUUAUGGCGGGCGACAAAAGGAGUGUGUAGUAUGUCUCGAGGAAUAUGUCGACGGCGUGAGCCGUGUUAUGAGCUUGCCUUGUGGCCACGAGUUCCAUGCUGAAUGCAUCACACCUUGGCUUGUCACCCGACGUCGCACGUGCCCCAUCUGCAAGGGAGACGUCGUGCGUGACUUAUCUCGCUCAUAUCGCAACCGCAAUAGAGCUCGCGAUCGGAAUUCACCCUCGCCAACCCGCACCUCCAGGUUUACGGGUCAAGAUGUUGAUGAUAUCCAAGCGCAAGCGGCCGAGACGCGGAAUGACAUGCCUUCCUCGUCGCGGCCUGUCCCAACGGGGUCGGCGUUGUAUUCGGAUGAUGCAGGAGAUGACGUGGAAGCCAACUGGACCGACGACACUGCUGAGGAGGGCGAUUCACGAAACAGCGAUGCUCAUCAAGAGUUCGUGAACCUUGGCAGUUCUGCAAGGGACCUCGGCACCUCCGUUGCCACAGUUAUAUGGCGCGGGGUGGAUGCCGUCCGAGGAGCUGCUGGUUUCCCGCGGCGACAUAGUCGGGACGACGAGGUUGAUCGGGAUCGCUGA